UUAGGAGUUAGUAUACCCAUUAUUUCCCUAUCUUUGAAACAGAGUAAGUACAUUACUGAAUUGAUCUAGAAUGGCUGCUGCAGUGGCGGAAGUGGUGAAGAAAUGGGCGGCGUCGGCGUGGUUGCAGGUACUGGCGGGGAUGGUGGCGGUGCAAGUUUUUGCCACGGGGCUGCAGAUUCUUACUAAAGUCAUUUUGAGUAAUGGAGCCUUUAUCUUUGCUGUCAUGGCCUACCGUCAUGUUGUUGCUGCUUUCUGUGUAGCUCCUUUUGCUUUCUACUUCGAAAGAGGUAAUGUCAGGAAGAUGAAGAGACUGUCAGUUUGGUUAUGGGUAUUCUUGAGUGCCUUAAUAGGGAUAACAGUGGCUAUGUCAUUGUUCUAUUAUGGACUCAAAGAUACCACAGCUACUUAUGCUACCAACUUCCUCAACUUAGUUCCAAUUGUCACCUUUGUCCUCUCUAUCAUUUUUCGAGUAGAGAAAUUGGGGCUUGGAAGCAAGAUGGGAAAGGCGAAGACCGCAGGUGCCAUCUUGUGUGUAGGAGGAGCGUUGGUUACUACCCUUUACAAAGGAAUGACAUUCCAUUUCCACAUGCCUCACCAUAACAGUCAUCAUCUCCUGACUACCCUCCAUACAGUCAAGCAUAAUUGGACUCGAGGAACAAUGUUACUUCUAGGUAGCUGCAUCUCCUAUGCUGCCUGGUAUAUAUUACUGGUGAAGUUGCACAACGUUUUUCCAUCAAAAUAUUGCGCUACAAUGAUCACAUGCAUUAUAGCAUCUGUGCAAUGUACCGUAGUGGGUUUAUGCAUAAAGAGAGACACGACUGCUUGGAGAUUAGGGUGGAAUAUGGAACUGCUUACUAUUUUUUACUCGGGGGCACUAUCUACGGCUGCAACAUUCUGCUUGAUUUCAUGGGCAGUUUCAAAGCGAGGGCCAAGUUAUCCUCCAAUGUUCAAUCCCCUGGCAUUGAUUUUUGUAGCCAUAUCAGAGGCACUCAUUCUGGGCACAAAUAUCAGUCUUGGAACGAUAUUGGGAAUGAUCUUGAUAAUAAUGGGACUGUCCUCCUUUUUGUGGGCCAAAAACAACGAGAUGAGGAUGAAUCGUUUGCCUCUAACAAAUGCGGUAGCUUGUGAAGAAGGACAAAUUGUUUCUGAAUCCAUAGAGAUGCAGUCUACUGCAGCACCCGCAACAACUUCACAAGUUAAAACACCGCAAUAGAUUCAUUUUUGUUUUGCAUUCCUAGUCUACUAAAACAAGCUAGGUUAACGUAACUCUUCCAUACAGAUUUCUAAUAAAUAGAUAAACAAACUAAUGGGACAUCAAAAGCAUAUUAGCAGUACUAAACUCGACCAUCCCAUGGAUUCUGCUAUCUGCCUAUCUCAGAUCAUCCAUAGAAUGAUAAAAGCACGGUUAAGCC